UUACAAAAAAAUAAAAUAGUGAAAACAAACAAGGCAUACUUCAAACGGGUCGGCCCAUAUUUUGAAGGGCAAAAUAGUAAUAUGUUAUUGGGCUUUAUCCAGUUCCAGCCCAAUAGAAAGCAUAUUUCCUUUUUGCUUUGUUUUUCCGCCGGGAUGACUUUCCAUUUUCAAUUUCAACUACCUGGCUGGCACAAACCCCCUUCUGCAAGUUCACCAUCUCGCACGCACAACACACAGUACUUCUCUUCUCUCUCUCUCUCUCUCUCUCUCUCUCUCUCUCUCUAGGACUACGAAGUGAUUGAAAAUCAUCCAUCGAGGUUGGCGCGGCGCUUCAACAAUGGAGGUUUCAUCGGGAGACGAGUCUCCGUUGCCGUCAAACAAUCUAAAAGCUCUGGCCUCAUUAUACUCCAACUAUGUCCGGAACAGCAUCCGCAGUUUCUUCCCUAUUUCAAUCGGUUUUCCCGAUGGUUUCCUCUCGAGGAUCGUGAGCUUCUAUGGCUCCUCGAAACGACGCCGCAGGAGGAAAACCUGCCUUCCCCUACCUUUGCCCUCUGUUACCGCUGCUGCUUCACUCGACCGGUCUUCUGCGAUUACACCCGAGGCUCGUAGAAUUUUUAAUGUUUUGGAGGAUAUAAUUGAGCAUACGCUUCAGAAUUUGCACAACAUUCAGAAGAACUUAGGGUUUUGGCACUUAAGAGCUGAGGGUUCAAGUGCUCGGAAAUCAUACUUCAUGAUAUGCGAACGAGGGCCGUGUGCAUUUAUUAAUGGUACUCUACAACUGAUACGCGAUUGUCUUGCUGAUGGUUCUAGCAUGCAGAAGCUCCAUUGUUCAGCAUCUUCUUACAUAUCUGAGAGGAUUAGCGUAUUGGCUAGUCUAAGAUACUGUUUGGCUACCUUUUUGGCCAAGGUUUAUAUGGAGGUUGACAGAAUUGGAGAAGAUCUGGUGAAGGAUCCGGAGAAUUCAUUGCCCUCGUUGUUGGUUACAAUCAAUGAUUUAUUUUUGAAAUUGGAGGCAUCUAUUGGCCAUUUUCAUGCAAAUCGUCAGAGUGGCUCAUCGGUGGAUGGCAGCUAUUCAGUUCCUCUGAUGUUUGCAAAACUUCCAGAAGUAAAUCAGGAAGGUUCUCAGUGGUCAGAAUGUGAGAUAAGAGAUGCCAUCAACUUGAUAUAUGAAAACCUACACACACUGGAUUCUUACUUAUCUGUGCUUGUUUCCAAACAUCGCAAGCCAAAGAAAGUUACUUUGUACUGGAUGCACUAUACCUGUGGCGCUGUUGGAAUUUCUGUUUGUUCACUUUGGCUUCUUCGACAUAGCAAGUUCAUGGGAAGCUCUGACAUCGACAAUUGGAUUCGCGAGGCAAAGGAUUCGACAAUAACCUUUUGGAAUGAUCAUGUGGAGCAGCCAAUCCUGUCUAUAAGGGAUGAGCUUUUUGAGACCUUCAGGAAAAGACAAAAAGGUGUAAUGGAACGUGAAGAAGUUAAGUUGACUGCUGACUCUUUACAUAGAAUGCUCGUAGCUUUUAGUGAGCAGACAAUAGGUAAACAGUUUCCAGUGAAUGCAUCUGACCAGAAAAUGCUCGAGAUUGUAAUGAACAGGUACGAGAAAGAACUUACUCAUCCCAUUCAGGGUCUUGUUGGUGGAGAGCUUGUACGUGCUCUUCUUAUUCAGGUUCAGAAGCUAAAACUGGAUAUUGAAGAAGCAAUGCUUGAGCUAGAUCAGAUCCUGAGGGCCAAUGAAAUCAACUUUGCUAUUCUAGCUGCUUUGCCAGCUUUCUUUAUCUCCCUCAUUCUAGUCAUGGUGGUGCGAGCAUGGUUUAAACAGGAUACCAGAGCUGAAGGUAGAGGAAGAGUUGCUCGUAUUCAAAGAAGGCUACUGCUGAGAGAAAUUGAGAGAGCUAUAAUGCAGUUUCAGAUUUACAAAGAUCAAGGAUUGGAAAACGAUGCUCAAUGCAUGUACGGACUAGGGUUGUGUUUUCUCGAUUCCCUACACUGUCUGGUGGAGAGGCAUGCAAAAGACACUGGUGAAUGGAUGUGUUUGAGACAGGAUAUCAUUGAUUUGGCAAAGCCAGGUCUCCAAACGGAGCACAAGCUGAGUAUUGCAUCACGUAUGGAGCGGGUCUAUGACUGCUUGCUUCCUUCUUCAAAACGCAACUAGAUUUCUUUUGCUGUUAUUGUGCACUCCAGUUGGCUUCUAAAUGCAUGCAUGAAAUUUUGUAGUCUCGCUAAGUUUCACUUUUGAAGAUUGUUCUUGUAUUGUAACAUGCUGUGGCCAAUCACGCACAGUUUUUUGUACUUGAGUAAAUCUACGGGUAAAAACGUCUGGAAUGAAUGUGAUAUUUCAUGCUAUCCAUUUUAGUGGAUUUCAAACGUAUAUCAAUUAUCCAAAUUCAUAUUUUUUUUCUC